AUGUCUUCAAAGAUUUUGGAAGGUGGUAUCCUCCGGCGCGAUCUAGAGAAACAACAACAAUCUCAAAAUUGCGAAGGCAAAAAGCUCUAUUACACAACUUCGUUGCGUUCCAUUUUCGGAGAAAAUUCGGGAAGGAAAAGGGAUCGAUCUAAGCACCCCUUGCGCGGUUCGCUUCGAUUUAGCGAUGGAAAAUCGUGCGUGUGUACGCCGUUUUGUUUCCUGGACGAGAGAGGGGAAGAGAUUCCGAUCAUCUUCGAGAACGCGUUCGAAGUCGUUCGCGCUUUUUGUUCUAAAAAUCAAACGCAAGAAAACGACGACGGAGCGAGGGAAAGGAUGGGUGCACAUAUUUUGGAAAAUGUCGUCAUACGCACGUGGCGAAUGCGCGCAACCACUCCACAAGAGAAUAGGAGCGGACGAUGUAACAAGCGAAAACAGAGCGACGAACACAGUGACAGUAUUUCUCAUCGAAAAAAUAACGAAGAGAAAGAAGGAGAAAAAGAAGAAAGAAUUGGUUCCAGGCAUCACCUAGAAGCGCUCUCAUUUGAAAUCGUACAGCCAUCUAGCGAGAUGGAAAGCGAUUCUGCGCUUUUGGAGAGCGAGACUCAAAAUAUAAGCAAUGCAAACGGUGGAGUAGAUGAAGAUUCGCAGGUUAUACUCAUGAAGGCGGAAAAAAGUGAUGAUAAGAGAAAAGAAGUAUCAUCAUCGACAACGCCGUCGUUCCCAUUACUUACGACAACACAAAAUGGGAGCGUUCGGCUCGCGUCUAUGGAAGAGCUUCGUGCGAAUGGGCGAUUGGAUGUCGUCGACGAUGCCGUGAGAGUGCCAAAAAAGGCGUCACAUCGCCUUUCUAUCGGUAUUGUUGAUGAUAUGGAAAGUGGAGGUAUCGACGUGAAUCACGCGUGCUUCUUGAAAAUGACGACACCAAUUAUUCGCAUACCGGAGGAGAAGCCCAUGUUCUUCGCUCUUUUCCUUUCCGCCCAAAGUAAUUCCAAAAAAAAGCAGGAGGAUUCGAAGGAUAAGAUGUAUGGAGAGCAAUGGAUUAUGUUUCAGGGCGAACGAAUGAUGGCUUUUCACCCGCUUCUCGCGUGUACAUCGAGCUCUCAGUCUUGCGAAGAUGGUAAGGAAGAACGAAAUGAUGGUUGUGGCGACGAAAAGAUGCGCUCGUUGAACACACACUCGAUGACCAACCUUCGAUCGGUAAAUUUGUACCCAGACGAUCCAACGCGCGAUAAUCUCCGCGUGCUCUUUGCCACGGAAGGUACAUCGAUUGGUUUCAACAGAGUGACUCGAUCAAGCGGUCGUGACGAACGUAGUGUAGAUGGUGGAAGCAAUCGAAGCAACAAAACCGAUACUGAGGUUUGUUUGGAUGUAGCGAGUGUAUCGUGCGCGUGCGAAUCGUGCAAAGACGGAUACACUGUGCAUUCACACACAGGUAUAGUAACUUCCGUAGAUUUAGAGGAUAACUUCGCGUUCGAGCUUGAUAAUGAUUUAGUUGUCAUGGUUUCGCAGCAUUUGUUAAGUGUAGAUGUCGUGAACCCUGCGCUCCUCUAUCCAGGUCUCCAGAUUGGCGCGCGAGUGCAAAUUACGCAUGGUCAUCCAAUAUACGCAAGAGUAUGCGCUGCUGACGGAGAUGCUCGAAUUGAAGAUUGGGAAGAUGAAGAAGAUUUGCUGAGUGAAGAUAAGAAGUUAAUCGCAGUUGGCGCGUGUGCGCGGACGUUUGUAAAGGUAGUCAGCCUCUCUCCUUUCCUCGCCGCGGAGGAGGACGAAAUGCUCGAAAUGAAACAUUUAUUAAACGUGUGCGCGGAUGUAAAACCAACGAUUCGAUCAUCAUUAAACGGGAUGCGCGCGUUGACUUUCAAAAAGAAUGUUCGAGUUUCUUCAUCUCGCAGAGACACUUUGCGAAGUUUGUGCGAUUCUCUAGGAUUUGGUCUCGCAUUUGAAACUUUGAACGCGUUCGACGCGCUCUGGAAGCGUCUGCCCUCGAUGAAAAGUGGGACGUCGAGCGAGACACAAGUGCGAGACGUGCUUACAGUAGCUCGCGAGCCCGAUCAAAUGUGUUUGACAUACUUGAGUGGUAUCGUGCCUGGUACCACAAACGCCAAAGAAGACUACGAACAGAUUACGAACGCUGCGAGAAAAAUGCCGCUAUUAUUCGCCAUCCUGGCGCUCGACGAAUACCGUCGCCAUCACGUCCACAGUGUGUGCGCAAGCACUUCGCGCGCUUUUUCACCCAUUCAUCCAAUCAAUAAAUUGAAGUCAGGGAGUUGUAAUCCAGUUCGAUUGGCGUACGAUGAAUGUUUGUUCGCACCAAGGAAACUGGGUGGAUUCCGAGAAUUUGAAAGUCACGUAGAAUUCCCGUCACUCUUGGAUAUAGCCACGGAAGCUCAAACAAUGUUAUCGCGCGUGACUGUCGCGCGAGAGACAUUGUCACCGCUCAUUUUCCGUGAAGGCGCGCAUAGAAAAAUGAGUAAUGUUGGAGUAAACGAGGGAAAGAUGAGGGACGUUCACGUUGUUCAUGGAUACGAUGCUCGGCUUCCGAGGGGCCACGUUUUGCGCAUCUCGGCGGCGCGUGCGUUUUGCAUUGAGAAGGCGAAGAGAGAAAAGGCGUCUCUUCUCAUCGCACACUUAGAGCGCACACGAGAUUCACGGUUCAAUCGGGAUCGGUUCACACUGAAUGACGCGUCAGGAAGUGUACCUAUCGAGUUUGAGUUUGAAGAUGUAGGUCUGGACGACGUGGCGGCAUAUUUCGGGGAGUUGGAAAGGAAGAUUGAAGAGUCGCCAACGACGUAUCUGGUCGCAUUGACGGCUUGGAGAACAUUAUGUGAAGGCAUCGAAAGGGACAACACUGGAUGCGACGAUGAUGCGUUCGCGCACAGUAGAACGCGUAUCUGCGCGCGAUUAAAUGAUAUAAUUUUCUUGGACGAGCGGAUUUUUGCGCAUUCGCAGAAUAAUAUUUGCGCGUCCCAAGAAAGAUGCAUUUCUGACCAAAAUGCAAUUUCCAUUAAGCAAGCGUUGUUUUGGAGUGCAAAAACACCAUCACACUAUGGAUCUGGGGCUCUUUGCGAACCCACGCCUACCGAUAUUGACGUCCGUGGAGUUGUCGUAGUCGAACAGCGCGUCACCGGGGACGCCGGCGCUGCUUCCGCUACAUUUGGGAACCACCGCAGAAGAAAGCAGCGCGAACUGCAACUCAUUUUGCAAGAUUGCGACGAUGAGCGUAACGUGAUUAAAAUAUACUGCAGAAAUGCGUUUGCUGGCGGCAACUCUGGAUUUGGGUUCGGGGUAGGGGCCACCGUUAUCAUCAAACGCGUUAAUAGAUACGUGUCUCCGCGAAGCAUGAAAGUUACGUAUCGUCUGACAGAUCGGUCGCGGAUUACGGUGGUUGAACCUUGGUUUGCUUCGAAGCAUAAAAGAACGAUGAUGGAGCACCACCGAGAAGAUUGUAGCGAUGAUAUCAGCUGGUAUGCGGCUGUAAAUGCAGAUGCAGAUGUAGUUGUUGCAAGUCCACCGCAAGCUGUGAGCUCCUACGCUUCUGAAUGUUCCAACGCGUUGACAAAAUUACCCAGAGACACGCGAUGUUCGUUACGAAGCUUAUCAUGGAACAGUUCCGCGAAUCCCGAAGAAGAGGAUUCUCGAUCUCAGUUUUUAUUCGUGCGCGACGACCGAUUGAUCUCGAUCAGAGCUCGGAUAUCUGGUGUAACGAUGCUUCAAUCGAGCUUGACGUGUCCUUCGUGCGACGUGACGGCGUGUUUGCUUUCGAAACCCUCGUCACUAUAUAUCACCACAGAUAAUACUGAUCUGUGCAAAGCUACGGAGACUUGUUUUAAGCAAAAGGCGUCACCAGUCUUCCAACUUGAACUCAAUGUUACAAUAGACGAUGGAACCGGCGUUGCCGAUUGCUGGAUUUCAAACUCGGCGGCGACUGGCUUACUUCCAGAGAAAAUGUAUCGCGAUAUCGUCACACUCACACGUAAACACGGGAAAGUGGUCGCAAGAACGUCUACGAGUACGGCGGAUGAACGUGAGAAUUACGGAGCUUUGGAUUUCGGUUACAACGCGAUAGGGUAUCAAGGGUACACGUUGAGUAAGGUUGACGCGAGACCAAUCGUGGAAGCUAUCAAGUACGUCAACGCUACUCCACACAUGCUGUUUGAAUGCGCACGAAAUUAUAAAGUUCAUUCACAUCCACAAUACGGCGAUACAUUUUGCGCAUAUGACCGCCCUUCGAUAUUCGCGAGGAACGUGAAAUGCGGUGGGUUUCCGAUGCGCACGGUAUGUGCGCCUGGCGGUCGUUUGCGGGCCGUGCGAGUUACGAUCGUCGAUACCAAGCUCGAACUUUGUGAAAGGUUGCGUCGCUUUCGUUGUAAAGAGGCAAAUGCGUGA